UGGAAAGUUAUCAUUUGAUUGAUCAUGAUCUCUAAAACAUGGUGUUGUAGAUAAAAGCAUACUCAGGGUCUGCGAAUAAGAUUCGAAGGUCAUGAGUGGUCGUAGCUAAUGUGAUGGCAUAACGACAAGCAGAAAUUGAGCUAAGAGAUAACUCGAGGGAAAAACAAUGAAAAAAGAAAAGUGUACGUCAUGAGAUGCUAGAGAAUUCGGAUACUGAAGACAGAGAUUGAAUAUUGAAUAUUGAUGAUCAAGCUCAAUCACAAGCGUCCAAGCGUUUCCUACAUAAGGGACAAGUCCUAUUCCGGGCCAGCCAGUUCUUCAAACAAUUUUCGUGGAACGCAUGCUGACAUUCAAACCCCAAUAUUCCCCUCUGGCUUUCUCUGAACUGCGAUAAACAGAUAGUGCACCCAUUGACAGGCACUCCAAGUAACGAGAGUUUCAACUUUAUACGGCCGUCCUUUGUAACUCGGCGUCGCACCAAUUCCACAUUUCCGACAAGGCAAGAUGAAAGGACGGUGUCGAUAGAUACAUGUUCAUGGCUGUGAUGGGGACUGGCGGGGCCGAUAAAGUCUGCUAUGCGUAGAAGAGCUUCGUAGUCGGAACCGUCGUGAUGCUGAUCCCCUAUGUGGGAUAAAGCUGCGUCGAGAUCUGUGUACUCGUGUCCUGCGGUCAAGGGGGCGCCUUGGACUCGAAAAGACUCUGAGGAUACAUUGGAUGAAGGGAGAAAGUGGGUCUGCGCUAUGGUUGGUGUGACAAGUUCGGUCACACUUGUGCCACCGUCGCUUCCGUCGUAAGCGCCUGCAUGGUCGAGUAGAGAUACGAAAGUGCUGCCAGUAGCAUGUGUCUGCUCUUCCUCCUCAUCACUCAAGUCGAUGAGGAGUCCUUCAGGGAUUGGUUUAUGACGGGUUACAGCACUCUGGUGAGCAUUGGUGGAGUCAAAGGCGUCGUC